AUCAAGAAAGGACGUGUUUACAUUCUUACUCUGAUUCCUGGAUUCGCUCAAAUUCUAAAUUAAUUUUAAUUUUUGAAAGUUUAGCCCAACAUUUCCAACCAUUUUCGGUAAAGUAUCAGAAAUUCGAUCGAAUAAUCUAGCAGUUCUCAGCUUAUCUUUUCACCUCGUGCACAAUGUAAACUUGUAAACACAUGUUGAGGAUCCUACUCGCUUUCGGGUGUCUACAGAUCUAUUGAUCUCAGCCAACUUUUCUAUUUUUAUGAACUAAAAAAUUUCCGCCGGUGGUGAGUCUGCCCAGCUCGACUUCUAACAUUUUUUUUUUUUUGAUGUUGCCUAGCUUCAUGCCUCACAACUAGUAAAGAUCACAUGGUGCAAGACACCCUGAGCCCUUCUUCAUGUGUGCUACGGGAUAACCAUAGACUCAAGUUCAAAGGAGAAAAAAAUUAAUCGAUAGCGAAGAUAAAUACAUCAAGUAGAUAUGUCAAAUACCUCCUGUGAUAAUAUAGAUGAAACGCAAGUUCCUGCAAAGAAAUUAAAACAAGCUCGUCUGGUGUUCCAACCUCUUAAGCCACCCUCUGCCAAGAAGGACAACACAAGCAAUGCUCCCAAGCGGAAAUUCAAUGAGAUUGAUGAUGGCAUUGAAAUAUUGGAAGUCAUUGAUAAAGAUGAUUCUAAAGAGAAUAAGAAAGCUGUAGAGAAUGGAACCGCUGAACCACAAGAAACGGUUUUAAAGAAGAAAAAAAUCAGUGUUAGUGAUGAAGAAUUAAACAAGUCAAAGGACGAUAAAAUCGAGUCUGAUCUAAAAGAAAAGGAAAGUGUUAGCUCCGUUGUAGAAGAAAAUUCUGCGAAGGCUGCAACAGCGGAGGAGAAAGGAAAUGUCGCCCUGGUAGUAGAUUUGGAGGAAAAGGAUCGUGUUGAAGAGGAUACAAAAUAUGCCUGCAAAGAAGAAGAAAUGUUGGAUCAGAUUUCGAAAAAACUUAGUGCAAAGGGAGAAGCUGAUGUCAGUUUAUCUCCAAUGGCGGAUAAAACUGAUGGCUGUGAAUCUAAGAGUGGUGCAACUACAGAAGAUGAAAUGGAAGUUUCCUGUAUUGAUCUUGAAGAAAAAUCUUCGGAGUCCGCUAAAGAGCCUAGUGUGGUUGAUCCUCAAGAGGAAAGCAAUGAAGAAGACAAAAAGUCAAAAGAUGGAUCUGUCACAUCGGAAGUCUCAGAGAAUCAAUCAUUGAACGUGUCUACCUCAUCUGCCAAGGAAAUAUCCGUCACCUCUGUCAAAACUCCAACCAGUGAAAAGAAAACCCCUAAAUCUCGCAAACUCACACCAAAGCAGUUGGAAAAACAACAGGAGAGAGAAAAAUUACGACUUGAAAAGGAAAGGAAAAAAGCAGAGGAACUUGAGGCAAAACUCAAGCUGAAAAGGGAGAAGGAGGAAUUGAAACGGAAAGAACAAGAGGAGAAAGAAAAAAUAAGGAAGGAAAAAGAAGAAUUGAAGAGACGAGAGCAAGAAGAGAAAAAAAGGCAUGAAGAACAAAAGCGGAAGGACAAGGAAGAAAAAGAGAAGAAACGCCUCGCAGAAAUAGAGCUAAAAAAUGAAGAAAAACUGCGGAAAGAGGAGGAGAAACGAAAAGCAGAAGAAGAAAAAAAGAAGCAAGAAGAAUUGAAACAGAAGAAGGAAAACAAAGUGAAAGCAGCAUUUGCUAGUUUUUUUGUUAACAAGCCUAAAACUGAACAGUCAUCAAAAAUGGAAACAGAAUCAGAGGCAGCUCCUACCAAUCUUGCUUUCAUGCCAUUUCAGGAAAAGCCUUUCAUGAAACUAGCACCCACAACUCGGGUGACAUUGUCUGCUGAACGGCUUGCUUCUCUAGAAAGUGCUAUCACAAAUGCGUCUGAAUUGGACUUAAAAGAAUUGUACAUACAUCAGCUUAAAUCAUCCGAUUAUCAAAAGGGGACAUCUGGCAAAACAUGGCCAAGUAAUGAUGAUGAUGAUUCUAUUAUCGUUGAAGAUGAUGAUGAUGUUGAGGCUGAAACAGACAUUGUCAGCAAGCGAACCUUGAUGAGAGCCAAACUACUGCAAUUCCACGAGAACCAUCGACCACCGUACUAUGGCACUUGGAGGAAGAAAAGCAAAACAAUCAAACCACGCAACCCAUGUCAAAAGGAUGAUGUUCAUUUUGACUAUGAAGUAGACUCAGACGAUGAGUGGGAAGAAGGAGAAGGUGAAUCGCUCCGUGGAUCAGACGAUGAAAAAGAAAGUGAGGAUGAUUACGAGGUAGACAAUGAAACCUUCGUGCCUCACGGAUAUCUCAGUGAUGAAGAAGUUCAAGAAGAAGAAGAUGCUGAGGACAUGAAUCCAGAGGCACAGAAAUUGAAAUUGAAAUUAUUAGGCGAAGAAUUUGAAGCUGAAUUAUCUGAGAAAACAGAGCGGUUGAAGCCGAUCCUUGUCGGACCCAUGUGGAUCAACAAUAACGUUGAGGAUACUACCUGUGUUGACAGUAGAAUCGUGAAAUAUUUAAUGCCCCGUCGAGCUGUAUGGAAAGAAAAUGGAUCAAUCUCAACAACUGAGCCAUUUGGUGCUGAUGAAAACUCUCCAGAUAAAGAAAACAAUCCUACCUCCGGCAAAAACCGCAAAUUUACAGAUGAAGAAGUAAAAGGUUUAAUUCGGCUGAUCCAUGGAAGUGUGAGAAAUCGCAAAUUUUUAGUCAAUGAAUUUUUGAAAAUAUUGGAAAGUCAAUCAAGUUCAGCAACAUUAAAAAAUAUAAAUGCAAAAAUGAAAGAAAUAGCCACGUAUCAAAUUUGUCCCAAUAAUGAAAAUGCAAAAUUGUUUGGACGCAAAUGUUGGUUUGUAGCUCCCGAAAUUCGAGCUCAGUAUGGAUUGAGUGAGCUUCUUGCAAGCGACAACCCACAUGUGGCAAGUGUUCCAGACUCAUCGCCGAUGGCAACCCCAGAUCCAACAGUAGCUAUCACUAAAUUUACCAAAGUUCUUUCUGAAGAAGAGCGACUGAAGCAGCUUUCAGAAAUUUCAACAGAGCACAAGCAAUUGAACAGCCCCCAAAUCAUCUCAACUGCCUCACCUGCUCCCACUGGCGUUCCCCUCAUUACCAAGUUUACCAAAGUUCUGUCUGAGGAAGAGUGCCAGAGGCAACUUACCUCUCCAGCUGCUGAAAAACUGCCCAAAUCUCACGAUAAAAUUUCAAAAUCACCAUCAAUCAAGAGCUUUCUCACUUCGCCAAAGCCUGGUUCUUCCACUGCCACUGCUUCUAGUCCUGUCUCAUCAAAAUUGUCGCAGCCAGCACCAAAAGAGAAGAAACGCCUUCCACUCUUGGCCUCAGUGAAAGUAGGAGAAGAAAUUCCUGCUGCCGUGCGACCGAGCUGUGCAUCAUUGGCAAAGCCUCCAGAUACCCCUAAACAGCCGGAAAAAAAAUUGACAUCAGAACCCAUGCACAUCGACCCUGUCGAAGCCUCUCCACUUCCAUUAAAUUCUGUCCCUCCAUCUUCUAAAGGCUCAGUUGGUGCAGGGAAAAAUUCUUCAAUUCCAAGUUCCUCUGGGGUUAAAAAACGUGUUCCAUUAUUAGUUUCUGUUAAACGCGGGGAAACAAUUCCUUUGAGUGCGAGACCAAGUGCUGCAAAUUGCCUUAGCAAUGAGAAGGAAAUGAAAGAUAGUUCUAAAGCAAACUCAUCGGACGCAGGUAGUUCAAAACCUAAUGUGAUUCCAUGUGUUGAGCUUGAAUGAGUGAUUAUGAAUAGUCUGUUUAGGGUUUAGGUAGAUCGUCCUUUUCAUGCCAUUGGUGCAGCAUCGUCAGCGUUAAUUUGAUUCCUUUGGCAGAUCCAUUUUGUUUCCCUAAUUUUAGGUGUCCCAAGAAAUCUCCAGCUAUUUUCCAUAUCCAGCUUAGCCUAUAAUGAGACAAUUUACCAGGUACAAAUUGAAGCAAUGAGUUACAUCCUCUCUAUUCUAAAUUUCACUCAGUGAAAGAAGUUUACAAUGAAAAGUUUGAAUAACAUGCUUAAUGAAGGAAUUCAAGCAUGCUUCUAAUAUCAAUGAAACCGAGUGGUAUCUAACGGAGCUAUCGACAAUUAAGUCUUUUUAAGUCAUGGGAAUAGUUAUUGGACGGUCCUUUACUAAUUUUUCUCUAAAUUGUAAAAUGAAAAAAACUCCCCCAGAAUGGAGUUCUCUCAUCGAGUGCCUUAUCCUGAUGUAUCAUACUCCAUUCAGGAUUUUCAUAAAAAGCAAAGAUUUUUCUGGUAAAUUGAUCAGUAGAGAAGUUGCUCUUCUUGAAACUUUACUGUAAAAAUCUGAAAAGUUCUGGAAUUCAGAAAGUUAAUCGGAAAGCUCUCUCUGGACGAAAAUGAAGAGAAAACGAUUUCAAGAAUUAGAACAGCACAUGCAGUUUUCCUUAAAUCCUUCAUGAUGUUGUAAAGUUUUUUUUCCCCUUCUCAAAAGAUUUUUACCAACUGUAUCUUUUCUUCAAUGCACCUAGGUAUUUUCUCCUUUCACAGAAUUUCAAUGUUUUGCUCUGUAACAGAAGCGAAUCUCUUGAAUCAAACUCAGCAAAAUUAAUUGGAACAUUUGAGUACCUCUUCAUUUCAUUAAUUCCUCCGAUAAAAAACCAAUGGGACAGAAAAAAAAUUCGAAAAAAAAGAUAUUUUACUUGAAGUUUUUUUCAAUUUUACUUCUUGGUGUAAGAAGAAGAAGAGAAAGCGGCAUUUUAAAAAGAAUAUCUUUGUUGGUUCAGUUCUAAAGUUUGAAUUGGUGAAGAUUUAUGGAAUGAUUGCAAUUGAUAAUGCUGGUUUUGAUUCUGGAAGCUUCAAUUAAAAAUUUACUGUUUACUCAAGAUUAAUAGGAUUUUCAGCUUCCUUGAUCAAGGAAGCUGUGCAAGCAAAGUAAGCCCCACUUCUAACUUUCUUUAAAGAGAGUAAUACCAGUGCCUCGAUUGUUGAAUCGUUAUCAAAUGAUCUUGAUCGAUGUAUAGCGUUGUUAAGAUAGGGAAUUAUCGAUCAAGGUCAUUCCAUAAUGAUUCACCAAUCGACCUGCAUAUCUUGUGGAAGAUUUGAAUUAAAGAACUCAAUUAAAUUAUUCUGAUUGGUAAAUCUAAGACAUAAUGUAUCAAAUAGUGUCAAUGUAUGUUGAACAAUAGAUUUGUUAUCCUUCCGAAAAUAAUCUCAGUGAUCAAGCUAUGUGGUAAUAUUUAUGGGUAAAUAUGGCUUUCAUCUUAGUGUAAUUGUAGCCAUUUAGUUAAAGAUUUUUCAAUCAUGUUAAAAACUGAGCACUUUAUUGGAACUAGAGUGAAGUAAACGGGAGCUCAAAAAAUAAGUUGCUUGUCAAAAAAUUAUUGUUGGAAAAUAUUUAAAGAACAAGUUUGCACUACAAAAAAGAGAAAUUAUGGAGUAAAUUUCUUUGAAAUACUUGACCAUAAUCUACUUGCCUGCUGUCAGAGUAUCAAAUGCAUUGUCUCACUCAGCACCAUAUUUAAAUUGAAUUGGUAGUUUUUGUGACCGAAUUGGAGCACACAAGUUUAAAAUCUCAUGAAACUGUGAUUUUAAGAAGGAUCAAGCCAAGGUGUUGCAGCAAUUGUUUUUAGCCGACUUGUUGCUAACCUUUAUAUGGAUUGUUUGUAAAAUUUAUGCCACAUCGAUAACCUAAGUAAAAAAACGAAUACCUAUCCAAGAUUGCAUCUUCCUAAGUGUCUGCCUAUGUUUAAUUUUUUAAAGGGAAACCAAUCAACAGUUUCUUUUGACAUUUUUUGUAAAUUUUCUUUAAUCAAUCUAAAAAAAAAAAAAUACUACAUAAUCGCAAGGAAACAUUUCCAUUAGUUUUCCUUGAAGAAAAUGAAGCAUCCUCACAGAUUUUUCAACGUUGCAAUUAAGAUGACGCAAUACCUGUCUUUAGUCAUUGAUGCGUACCUAACUCUUGGAUACUAGCUGAUAUAAGCUGAUAUAAUGAUUAUAAGCUGAAUGUAAGCUGAUCACUUACACACUUUUUUUUUUAAGUCUAUACUUCCGGCUCUUUUUAAAGAUCAAAAGAGAUGCCUUUUUAGAGCUUUUGUAAUUUUAUUCAACCAUUUUGUAUAUAUGACUAGUUUUUAGUGAAGUAAAGUUCAUAGUAAUUUUUA